AUGACUAAAACAGUGUGCAUUGUGGGUGCUGGUGUGUCGGGUUUGACAUCAAUAAAGAGUUGUCUCGAAGAAGGGCUACUUCCGGUUUGUUUUGAAAAAGACACCGACAUUGGGGGACUCUGGAAUUACAAGGACACCCCAAAAGAUGGUGAGCCCAGUCUGUACAAGUCUUGCAGCGUGAACACAAGCAAAGAGAUGAUGUGUUUUAGUGACUUUCCGAUCCCUAAGGAGUUUCCUAAUUUCAUGAAUCAUGUUUACUUCAAGAAAUACCUUGACUUGUACGCUGAGAAGUUUGAUUUAAGAAAGUACAUAAAAUUUCAACAUUCCAUUGAGAGAAUUCAGAAAGCGGACGAUUUCCCUGAGUCUGGUGACUGGGUGAUUACAAGUAUUAAUCUUCAAACGGGAAAGAAAGAAACGACUAGAAUGAACUUUGUUUUAGCUUGUCAUGGACAUUUAAAUGAACCAAAUAUUCCAAAAUUCCCCGGUCUAGACAAAUUCAAAGGAAGAGUGAUCCAUACACAUGAUUAUAAGGAUUUCUACGGAUACGAAGGAAAACGGAUUUUACUCAUCGGGAACGGGAAUUCUGGCGUGGAUGUUGCAUCAGAACUGAGUCUUCACGCAGAACAUUUGUACAUGUCCACAAGAAAGGGAUUUUACAUAAUUCAGAGAACCUCUCACGAGGGUCGUCCGUUUGAUCAUACCGCUGUCUGUCGCUUCAGACAGAACCUCCCCUGGUCUCUCAUGCGUCCUUUCAUGUACCACGGAGUUUACGGCAGGUAUAACCAUGACAAGUACGGACUGUCCCCGAACCAGAGGUUUAACGGCGGAACUGUUUCCAUCAGCGACGACCUUCCAAAUCGGAUCAUCUACGGAAAAAUUACGAUGAAAACUGGUGUUGAGCAAUUCACAGAGGACGGUGCAAUUUUCAUCGAUGGUACGGAGCUUAAAGAUAUCGAUGUAAUAGUUCUCGCAACAGGAUAUAAGUACAGCUAUGAUUUCUUAGAAGAAGGUGUUAUCAAACUCGAUGAAGCGUUCCCGUAUCUGUACGAUUUAGUGUGGCCUGUGGAUCUUCAGCCAGCGACCUUGGCUGUCAUUGGUCUCGUUCAACCGUUUGGUCCGGUUCCUCCUAUCCUAGAAAUCCAGGCUCGAUGGGCUGCCCGCGUUUUUGCUGGAAAAUGUCAGCUUCCUUCUGUGGCUAAACGCGUAGCAGAAGUAGAUCAGAAUUAUGUUUUAUCAAAGAGACGCUUUGGCAUCGAGGCAUCGAGAUACACAAUCAUCGUUUUCUUCAUACAAUAUAUCGAUAAAAUUGCUGGAUACAUCGGAUGCAAACCUCCAUUAUGGCGACUCUUUUUUUCCGACAACGCCCUCUGGAGAAAAAUUUAUUUUGGGGGAGCAACCCCUCCGCAAUGGCGCUUACAUGGUCCAGGAAAGUGGAAAGGAGCUAAAGAUGCUAUAGAACGAGUGGAGGAAAACACAUGGUAUCCGUUACAGACGCGCCAAGCUGGCACAAAUAGCAAGGAGGGGAUCUAUGAGGGGUGGAUAAGUCUUCUGAAGAAGCUGAUUUUGGGACUUUUGCUCUUGGGUUUUGUGAAAUAUAUUAUGUCUAACGGCCACGUGACUUUUCCACAAAAAACGUAGAUC